CGGGAGUGUGGCGGGCGGGGGGAGUGCGGGGCUCUGCUGCCUGCCCUCGCCUCCCCUCGGGCCUGUGGGUCGUGCCUCGGGGCUGGGCAGGGUGCGGGGCAGGCUGGGCCCCUGCGGCCCUGAGGGGGGGCCGGCCUUUCCCUCUCACCGGUGUUGGCCCCAUCGCUGCCUCCGAGGUGGAGGGGCCAGGGCCAUGCCUGUGGGCCCUCUGGGCGGGUGCACGUUAUCUGUUAGCUUAGCAUUUACAAACUGCAAGGUUCUGUUCAUAGGGCUGCCCUGUUUGCCCUAGAGGCUGGUUCUCUCCUUGUACUCUGUCCCGGCACCUGAGGGAAUCAACUGGGACCAAGCCACCGGUAAAGGCAGCCAGCCGUACUUGCAAAGGGUGACAUCCACGUAUGCUGAGGAGACGGUGACAUGUGAGGCUACAGGCGUGGCCUGCAUAAAGGCUUUUGUCAGAAAGGGGCUUUUGAGAGGACUGAGGCACGUGUGAGGAUGCUUACUUUUUGUCACAGAAAUGAUUAAAAUUUGUCUUCUCAAAGCUACUGCAAAGACUCCUGUUUGGACAGAGACUGUGUGUGAAUUUUAGCAGAUGGGUGGUUGGGGGAAAAUGUUCUGCUGUACUGAUCAGGACUCAUGAAGCAAGAGAAACCUGUCUUUAAAAAAAUUACUGAUACAAAGCUGUACUGCUGACAGCAAAGCAGGAUGCAGGUACAUCUAGCAAGAAAUUUUAGGCAGGGUUAUUCUCAGGUUUGAUCAUAGUAAAACAAAUGUCCUAAUACAGAACAGCCAACCUGCUCGUGGGGUUUAGCAUUUGCGGACACAACUGUGAGAUUAACUUCAAAUCUUGUUUUAUCUGUUCAAACUUUGGAAGUCCCGUACUGUGUUUCUGUCCCAACACACGAUUAAACUUAGUUUUAAGACUGGCAAAACAGCUGGUAUCUCAUAUAAGUGGGCCCCUGCCUCUGCCAACCGUGGAAAGUUGGCAUCUUAUAGCAAGAGUCCAAACAAAAUGGAAAAAGAAAGGAUUAAGAUUAAGUGGCAGCUUUAGUUAUUAAGAUAGGGGGAAAAAAAAAAUCUGCAGCUAGAGAUGUUACCACAUGUGAUUUCUUUAAAGCAGAUUGUUACAGCAGGCAGAUUUUUUAUGUUUGCUCUGUUUUGUCUCUCCUGGGUUCCCAGUCCUCUGUGAUGACAGCAAACAUCUCCUUUGCUUUGUGCUCACAGAAGGGCUCAGUCUUUCUUUGUAAGAUGGAUGGAGUCUUAAUACUAGUUACUGAAAACAGGUGGAAAGGAGGCUAGUGGAGGUUUUUGUUUGUUUGUCCUGUAAACUUAAAAACUAUACAAAUAUGUAUUUUCUUCAUCUUAAGCUUGUCUAGGGAUUUACAGCAUCCCUAUCUCAGAAGAACAAAACUGCUUUGAGUGGAAGGAAAUCUGCAAAAGAUGGCCUGAAGCAGGAGCCUGUGGCAGCUUUGCAGGUAAUGCAGCGCACAGCCUCCUUUAAUCGGUCAUUGCAGGAUGAAGAAUAAACUGUGAGGGUCGUUCCCCUGCUCCUCAGAGACCAUGAGGUGUUGACAAAAAUAAUUGAAGAACAGAUUUUUUUUCAUAGCUGAAACAUCUGGCUGAAGAGUGUGGAGACUAGUCCAAAAAUGCGUAGUGUGAAUAGCUCAGAGACUCCCUGGCUACUAAGAUUUACGUGUCCGAGACCUGUGAGGGAACACACUCAGCAGAGGCCUUGGCAGGCAGCACCUGAUGAAAGUCAAGAUGUCAUUGCUUCUGCUCAGUGCAUCUUGGACAGAGAAAAUUAUUUUGUGAGGGAGUUGGACAGAUAUUUAAGCCACAAUGAUUUCUUAAAUCUGAGAAAGAAGGAGAUCCUUUACAAGAAAUGGCUUGAGGAUGUUUCAGAGCCACUGCUGCAGAAAAUUGAGGACAAAAUGGACAGCCAGUCAAGCAAAGAAAUACAGAAAAGGAAAGAAGAACAACUCUCUCUCUAUUUAAACUACUGUAAAAAGAAGGGCUAUGUGGCUUUGGAAGCUUACGACCCAUCAGAGUACGAUCCGUUCUUCCUGAAGACGUGUACAGACUGCUGGAAGGUUUCAAUACCAACUUUACAGGAUCCUCUAUUAAAAGACAUUCAAAGAAAGUUUAUUGAGACAGGCAUUAUCAAGCAGUGUGAGACAGGAAGACCGUCUUCUACCAGAGAGCUGAACCAACUCAGUAAAGCAGAACUGCCACUGCUUCCUUUGAGCCGGCAACGUAUGGAUGCAGUUGAGUGGCUGAAGAUACCACACGCCUACAUUGCUAGUGAGGUCCACCAGACAAAGAGGCAGAAAGUCAUCAGCCGCCACAAAGAUGUCGAGAGCCGAUGAUGUUACCUGUCCUCCAGCUGACUGCAGCAGCAAGCACAACCAUCAGAAGGUACCAUUUGCAAAAUAUGUUACAUCGUCUGCCAAAGCCAGUGAUAACAGGCCAGGUCUUCUGGCGAACUGCAAUAAACUGUCUUAAACAUGUGGUUCUGAAGUAGCUAACCCAGCAGCCAAAGAAAUGUUUGAGAUGCUACUGCUCUUUCCAGCUCCAGGCCAUGCUCUGCAGGCCAAACCCUACUAUUUUAGGAGGUUUAACGUAGGCUCAGCCCCACAAAGACAGUGCUGAUGUUGUCUGGUUUAGAGCGUGAGGGAAUCAUUGUAUUAAUGGACAUGAACUGGUGAGAGAAGUUCAAGAAGUCUGGUAGGCCCCUCUUCUACACAGUGCAGGAUCUGUGUGUUAUCUACUGGUCUGGCAACAGCUACAGCUCUGAGUCCGCUGUAUUACAUGUUACAAGGAGUAGGAAAGUUAGCAGUGGGCAGAGGGAAUGGCAAAGCUUGCAAAACUUUAGCUACAGCUGUUGCAAUUUUGCAUGAAGCUGAAGGAGGUCACCUUGAGAUUUAAGAACAAAGCCUCCCUUUGAAUGAGGAGGAGAAGGAGGUGCUCCUGGCUAUGUGUGUGGUUGGCAGAUGUGUACACAGGAGUGGCUUAGAAAGCACUGAUAAGGAAACAAUUAUUUGGUUUUGGUUGUUCAAAUCUUCAUUAGAACUCCCAUAGUGAAUGUCUUGCAAAAUAUUAUUUGCAAAAUAAUGUUUAGGGUACUACCAAGGUUUCAAAGGACUUUCUCCUGGGGGCACUGUACAAAGCAGUGAAUCAAACUUUAACAUGCAUAUUGAGUGUUCUGAGAAGGCAGGACAUAAUUAGGGGAGAGGAGAUGUCUAGUACUUUUCAGAGGGUCAGUGCUGAGCAACAAAUGCUGUCAGUGCCCUACAGCUCAGCUUCUCUCUUGUUCCAGCAUGGUCUCUGUCUCCGUGCUAGUGUGCCUGCACAGCAGCUCCGGCGUCAAAGCCAGAAAGCAGUUUUCGCAGUGCUUUUUCAAGAGGCUCCAAACUCCCACUGUACAAACACAAUCUCUCAAGAGUUGCCAAGAUUUAGUUUUAUUUAGGAUUAGAAAUACUGAACCACAGAAAACUGUUAAAAUUAACAGAGGUUGACUCAGCCCUGUAACAGGAGGGUACACAGAUGGCAAUCGGGUGUGAAACUGUCAGACACCAGGAGGUAUUGCUGCGCCCAUGGAAAACAAGGGCAGGCGCUGCUCAGAAUUGCAUGCUGUGCUUUUUCAACAAAGCAGUUUAAGGAGGCAGUAAAAUGGUUACAAUGUAUCAAACCUUUUAUAAACAAACUUUUUUUUUUUAACCAUCCCUGAUUUUAGUGCCAAGAGAAAGUUUUUGCUUUCAACCAAUCUCAUUUUACAGAUUCGUGUUGGGGGGAGAGUUCCCUGGAGCAAACCUUUUAAACUUGUAAUAAACUUUUCUUGAAUUUAA